AUGGCGGGGCACCAGCUCCGCCUGCUGCUGUGGAAAGACUACCUCAUCAGACGACGGAAAUGGGUAACACUGGCGGGAGUGGUAUGGGCUGUGGCUGUUGUAUUCAGUCUGUACAUAGUACGCAUAAAUGUGGAUAACCAGGACUUUCCAACUUGUCAGUUCGCGGCGCGUGCGCUGCCCAGCGCCGGUCUACUCACGUUUCUGCAGUCGUUCGUGUGUAGCGUCAACAAUGAGUGCUUACCAAUGGACAAGUACCAGGAGAUACCUACAUAUGACAACUCCAAGUUGACCCAAUUGCAGCGUCAAUUCUCACCGCUCAUAUACAACGAGACAGUUCUGGAUGUGGCAGCUUCUGUUCCUAAUGCGCUCAAACUUCUGUCUACACUCGCUGAUGUUGUCGAUCAACCGACCUUCGUUGAUAUUACUAAGAACGGUCUUAGAUUCCAAGAUCUAUUCAGAAACCCAAGAAGACUGAAACGAGCCCUGGUAUCCAAUAUAAAUAUAGAAGAAGAUGUGGCCACUAGCGUUUUGACGGCGGAACUAAAUUUUCAAGGUUUGUUUAAAAGGAAUACAGAUAAAUGCAAUACACAGUCUGUGACAAGUAUUUUGCAUAUAAACAAUAAAGAGCAUGCAGACACAUUCGCAACUAAAAUAUGUUCAUUAUCAAGCAAUGAGGUUAUACAAGUCGUUAUGACUUUACUCGGCGAGGUGGAUUUCCACAAGUUUAGUGAAAUGUUUGGAGAUAUCUACCAUAAGCUAUCUGGAGACAGGAGACUCCUGGAACUCGGUGAUAUGGUGACAGCUGUACUGCACAUGGCCAGGUUCGAGAGUUUCCUGCCAUCGGAGCUGGUGAACAUCUUCACGGAUAAAGACGUGGACUUUAAUUAUUUUGAUAUGACUGUCAUACAAAGGUUAAUGGACAUAUACGAACCUACAUUUGGAGAUACGGAUAUAUAUAAAUCGAUUAGAGUUAUCACUGACGCCUUUGUUGUUGGAAUACAGUAUAUAAACAAAGUAACCAACAAUACAAAUGAGAAUAAAGGAAAUACAACAGAAGAGAGGCAUGGAACUGAAACUAAAGAUGUAGCAUUAGCUUUACAACCGACAAAAGUUUUUAAUAAAGCAAUUAAAGUUCUUGAAGCAUCAAUAGAUAGAGAGAAAUCGUCAAUAAAUAUAUUUCAUAUAACAGCUCAGUUAACAAAAGUCAUUUACAAGUUCCUAUCACAGGAGAAGAAACAUGACUUACUGUUUUACUCUACACUAAUAUCCAAAUUAAUUGAAGGUGCAAUUAAAGUCAUAAAAGUCAAUACGCACAUACAAGAAAUGGCAUAUAAUGUAUCCUUGAGGAAUCCCGAAGGAGUUAAAAUAUUGGUUGGACUACCGCCGCAUGUAAUAGGUAAAGGGUUUGAAGCCUUGGCCAAUGCUGAAAGAACACAGAUAUUAACAGCGAAAAUAGACUUCCCCGGACAAAUGUUUUGUGAUAGCAACCGAAUACAAGGGUUCUUCAAGAUCUCGAAAGCAGAUGCAGAUUCGCUGAAAAGUCAAUUUUGCACCAACCCGUGGAAGAUCUACGUUACAGACUUGAUACGUUCUUUCGGGAUCUACGAUGUUAAAAAUAAUAUAAAUACAAUGGCCUCAAUAGUAAUACAAGACACAAUCGGCAAAGAUGUCACAGAUCAAUUAUACAGUAUAGAUAAAAUAUUUGACGUCCUCAAGAACUUUACUCACAGUUUGACUAAAAUGAAUGCAGAGGAAAAACCGAAAUUGAACUGGAACAAGUUAUUCAAUAUAUCAGAUGAUUCAGAAUUCAUGAAUGUCGUACGGGAGAAAGGAUAUUUGGGGAAACAGAUGUUAAUCGUAGCCCAUGGUGCACUAGCAAAGGAAGUGGUGAAACAGAAUCCUCUGUUGGAAUACAAAAUAUCUCCAACAUUGAUUGAUAUAACCACGGUAGUUGCUGCUAUAAAUGAGCAACUCGGGACUCCUUCAGCAGAUCUUGUUAAACGAUUUAAAGACCUAUAUCCAGAUGUAAUAAGGACGAUGUUACAGACUAUACUCAAUGAAGAUAAGACAUAUUCUACUCUAUCUACACUUGCUGAGGAUAUAGUUUGCAAUGGCACCGAGAACGCAUUGACCUAUCUGGAGUUUCCACCUGAUAUAGACCGAGAGGUAUUACUUAAUGUACUCUGCGACGCAGCUGUGGAAAUAGAGAAAGGAUUGCAACGUGGAUCAGUGAUGGCGAAAGCUCUGACCUCUGUUAAAAACUCUACGCACUUUUUCGAGUCGGUCGAUUGGACUAAACUGAUCAAUAACAUAAAGAGUCUAUACCUAAAGUUGGAUGAAGAAUACCCCUACUUGUUUGAGUAUAAGAGUUAUGGAAUGGAUAAAGAUACACAGGACCGGGUGAAUACGAUGCUGAAGGAUGCUGAGGAGUUUUGGUUCAGCGUCGGCAAUAUGGAGAGAGGCGCACGUUUAAGUAUCAAAUUGGUGCUCCGUUUCCUGGAUUUAGUGGACCGGGAUAUCUUCGACAUAACUGACCAGACUUGGUUGAAGACUAAACAAAUAUUUGCGUCGGCUACAAAAUCUUUGGGCAUUUUAAAUGACGCUAUAACUGAUAUAACAGGUUUUUGGAAGAAUGAAACGGUUUUAAACAAGUUACCUCAUAGCACAUCACUAGCACUCAGCGCCAUUAUACCGAACAUACCAAAUCUGAUCGUAGACUUUGCCAAUGUAAUACUCAAUGAGGAUACAGAUAUUGCGCCAAUAAUAUCUCUAAUGAACGCUGAUCCACCAUGGCCGUGCUCUGCUACCAGUAUUUCAGAGUAUGUGAAACUCAGCGGCAACUCCAGCGUCGCUGUGAAGGGAAUUGAGACUCUUAUAUGUAUGGACAGUGGGUUACAGCAAGAAUGGGUGGAAUACUUGGACGAGUGGACUUCGAAUGUAUCCACAUCACAUGUAUUUCUUAAAUUCUCAUCAGUGUUAGACUUCCUAAUUGACGAUACAACCAUUAUUAGAGACGCAUUUAAUGAUAUUUUCAACGACGGCAACACUGAUGGCCAACAUUUGACUAUUAUCACCGCUUGGCGAUAUGUUAUGGACGUAUUUAAUUCUACAGAUCAGAAUGCCACUUUUAGUCAAUUCUUCUCCAAAGUGGACAAAAUAUUGAAUGCAGUCAAUACGUCAGGUUAUAAUCAAUCAACCAAUAUAAUUUGGGAGCAGUACAUCAAAUGCAGUAAUGGCUCUAUCAUAGAUGGAGAAUGUAAAAUGCUAGGCAGAACCGCGUGGAAGUAUACGUUUGAGUUUCUGUCUGUAAUGCUUGAAAAUUUGGCUACAGAUCUAACGACUUACCUUACCGAAGCGAAUGAGCCAAAUUCAAACAUAUUACAAUUGCUUGGCUUCACAAGGAGUACAGGAUUGUACAUACUUUACGAGAAAUUUCCAGAAUUCGUGGGUGCACUUAUUAAUUCAUAUUGGGACUACGGGUUCAUGAGCCAGAUUCGCCGAGCCACUACCACACAGUUCUGGGAUUGUAACGCAGUCGUGGACGCCUUACUACCCCUGCCUGGUAGUGGAAUUAACUCUACCGUAAUAGAUAAAGUCAGACCGUUCGUAUGUCCAUCUAUACUGCACUGGAUCUCACUGCCGAGGGGCGAUAACACGCUUCUCGAUUUAGUUUCUAAACCUCAAUAUCUUUUUUAUACGUUGCCAGUACAAAAUUUAAGUAGCAGAUACGAAGAGGUGUUUAAUAGAAUAACAAAAUUAUCAAAUUUACUCACUGAUAUUGCUGAAAAGAAUAAAACUGUAAUAAACGAGGAUGACUUGAAAGUUAACAGUAUACAAGUUAAGUUGAAAGAUACUGUUGACACUAUACUUAAUUAUACUAUGGACAAAACAGAUGCUACUUACAGGUUGUUCAAUGAAAUUAACAUGAAACAGUUUUACGCUACUAUAUAUUUGACUAGAGUCAUUGCUGCCAUCGACAAAUUGUCUAUAGCCUUAUAUAAUGUAAGCAUCGCGGAAAUCAAAGGCGAGUACACGGAAGAAGAAAUGAAAAAACUUGGUAUAGAAUUAUCUGCUAUUCAAAAAAUGUUCAAAAGACGACCUACUGAUGUUGUCGCUUUACAUUUUGAUAUAAUCACUGACCUUGUUUGGAUGAAUGAUGACAAUUAUAAAUUAACAAGUGCGGUUAACGCCGUGUGCACUGAUUUGAGAAACAAUGACACUAGUAAGAAUAUUUUAAACGAAGAUGAAAGAACGAAGUUACAAAUUUGUAAUAAAAAUCAUAAGCUAAUAUAUGGUGCAGUUGAAAAUAGUGUAAUGGAGUCUUAUAAUGAUGUUAGAAAUAGCUUAUUGAAUCUUGUUAAUGUGCUGCAGAAAGAUAGCACUGAAGAAAUUACUAACAUAUUUCAAUUUCUCAGAGAUAGAAAACAACUUGUGAAAUCUUUGAAAUACUCCAUCAAGUACGCACGUGACCUAGGCCUGCCUAUCUACUUGAAGUACCUACACAGUAACCUCCAGAACUACAAUGUCGUACUGAGUUUCCUGGCUGGAGAGGACUGGUGGACGGAAUUGAGAUCUUUAUAUAGCGGACCAUACGCUAGUGGUUUCUUUGAUGUUGUUGAAAAAUCGUUAGAUAUUGCCGAAGAUGUUAUGUCUAAGCCAGACAGUAUACAUAUAGUUCGAUUACUUCGCGACAUUAACUUGAACAACACGGAAGCUAUAUGUCAGCCAAAUAUAACGAUUUCUGAUUAUAUACCGGACGCAACCGGGGCUAUAUCUGCUCUGAAGCAGCAGGUGUGCACUGCAGAUAGAACUGACAUAUUCAAGGAGAUACCACCCUUAUUGUUUGCAUCACAGGGCUAUAACGACGAUUUGAAAUUAUCAAAAGGCGUCAAUCACACAGCAAUUAACACUGAUAUACUUACGACUGAAUCCAAACUGAGCCAACUUACGGAUGGGCCAAGGACUCCGCAGAGGCCCAAGUGGAUUGAUGACGAGAAAUUGACCAGUUUGAGGAAGGUAGCUUUGGGGAUUUUCUCAAAAGAGUCUGUAACUAAGGUGUCGUUUGGAUUGCUGAGCAAUUCUAUUGAUGCUGGGACUUUGUUUUUAAAUAGCAGUCACUGUAUACUAUGCUCUGAGUUCACGACCUGGUUCAAACAGAUCAACCUGCAGCUAUUCAAGAAGCAGGAGUACGACAACCUGCUCUGCCAUAUGCACACCAUGAGCCUGGAGGAUGUAUAUCACACGCUCAAGAACGACUUCCACUGGGAUAUAGCUUUUAAAGAGCUCAUCUCAUCCCGUAACUACACCAAGUACGAAAUGAACAAGGCCAUAACAGAAUUGCUGGAGCAAGUGAAACUACACCUUCUAGAAGAUAUCAGCGCGAACAGCACCAAACUUGCGCAGUGUUUAACGAGGAACGUGACCAGCAACGAGCUUGGUAACGCUACAUUAUUUAUAACGGUUUUCUCGCACACAGCCAAAUUGAUCAGAUCCCAACUGCCUCACCUUCAUGAAGUUAAUGGUAUCACUGAAGUGUCAUACUUUAAACGUUUACAAUCAGAGGUGGCACAUAAACUGGAUGUAAAAGUGCCACUAAAGAAUUAUCUGGUCGAAAGGAAUACGUUAUAUGAAGAUUUAGAAACGGUUGUGAAUGAAGAUAUUGUUAGAGAUAUUAAUGAAGCGAAAGUUAAUUUACGUAUGAUCAAAUCAAGUACCAACAAACCAUUACAAGAGUAUAUAUAUCUGAAAAGUCACACUUGGGUUGACCUCUGCCAAUCGUACGAUUGUGAAGACAUAUCUAUGUUGAUAGAUAAAAACAUCAACAGGACUUUAAUGAAGAAAGAGUUACCAGACCUUCAAUCACAAGAGUUCUGGCGUUUCAAUUUCAUAUCCAACAUCAUCCAACACGCCGAAGAGUUAGUAAGUCACGUGGGUAGACUAUUGGGGAUCGCCAGCAAUUUGGAUUUACCGGGAGUACUGCAGGGUAGACUAGCAUCUAUCAUCGAUCUGAUGAUGCAAAUACUCAUGGAUGAUACUCUCUCUGGUAUUGUGUACAGCAUUCAAGGUAUGCUCAAGGAGAUGAGUCCACUGUUACAAGAUACUGCUCUGGAAAACGAUCUGAGAUCCAUUACACGUGGUCUCAUAGUCUUGCAAGAGAUCAAGACAUAUUUAGUUGAAAAACAGGAUCUUAAAGUGGAUAUGGCGAAAGUGUUUUUGAAUGGUGACCGCGUGGAGUCCUCGUUCGGUAAACUUGGUAUCAACAACACCAACUUCUGGUCUGUGGCCGCGCCGCGCAUACACUCCGGAUACAUUCAUCUCAAGCCCUUACUGUCAUCAAAACAAAGCGACUACCACAUAGCUGACUUCGUGUGUCAGCCUGACCAGCUGUCGACAGUGCUGACUCCAGGUGACCUGGGCCUGGUCACCGCUGACGACGUGUAUGGAGCAGUGGUGGAACAAUUCUGUACGAUCAGCGAUGAUCAAGCGAAACAAAUCAUUCCUAUAUUGUUUGAUACAUUGAACUACAGUUAUAUAUUCGAUAAGGUAUCAGAAACAAUACUCACCCAGCUAUACUCCGCAUCGAACCUAACACAGUCAGACGGUUCAACGGUACUGGAAAACUUGCCCCAGAUGGCAGCACUGUUGCCGACAAUACAGAACAGUGUUGGUGAUCUAAGUGAGACACUAAUCAGCGAGCCGCUCUUCCAAACACUAAAAGAGUUCGAUACAGUCGGUGGUCUUUUGUCCUCCUCGGCCUUUCUAUCAAGUGCCGGCAACAUGCUGUGUGGGAAACCAUUUCAGACAGACCUCAGCCGGUUCUACAAAGUAAUAACACAAACUAAGGACAUGUCCACGAAACCGGAUCAAGCCCAUCUGGACGCGUUGCCCACGGAUUUCUGUCGUUCUCUGUACAAGGAUAUUCUGAACAUCGACGGGGGUAAGAUUGUGUGGAGUUUUGUGAAGCCGCUCAUCAUGGGGAAGAUAUUGUACACACCAAAUACACCAACAGUCCAAAGGAUCAUUGAGAAAGCAAACGGCACUUUUUCGCACAUGAUCAAACUGACCGGCCUCGUGCAUUCUUUCGCGCGAGCAUUCUCUUCUAUCGACAAGUUAUCUGAACACCGCGAGGGUUUAGCUGUGAUGAAGAGGUUGCUUACUUCAUCAGCCUUCCAAGAGAUAAGAUUGUCUCUAAUGGGUGAUCACCAGCUCCCUGAUUUCGAUGUAGACAGCUUGUUCGAUGAGUUUGGUGAUUUAAAGGACGUGGGCAGGCUCCUGACGAAGGCAUCAGACCUGCUACAGUGCAUUAACCUGAACAGGUUCAAAGCAGCUCGUGAUGAACACGAUCUCACGCACCAAGCCGUACAACUUAGUUUCGUGAACGAAUUCUCAGCAGGUCUGGUGUUCUUAAACAGUGAAGAUCAAGGGAUUCCUACUAAUAUAGAGUACAAGAUCAGGAUGGACAUUGAAAAUGCACCCACUACGAAAAGACUCAAAAAUUACAUGUGGAUCCCAGGCCCCGAGGCGAGUUUUAUCGAGAACAUGCGGUACUUCCGCGGCUUCGUUCAGAUACAGGAUAUCAUUGAUAAGGCAAUCAUUGACCUCUCUCGCAGAAGGUACAAGAGGGACCUGGCGGAGGACCAGAAAUGGUCAGUGUACACUCAGCAGAUGCCGUAUCCGUGUUAUAGGAAAGACUUCUUCCAAACAUCUCUGUACGAGUCGCAAGCGUUGCUGGUAGCUUUAUUCUUCUCGCUACUGUUCACCGUCGCCUCAACAGUUAGAUUUAUAGUUAUAGAUAAAGAAUCUGGCAACACUCUGCUAAUGUCAGUGAUGGGAGUGAACCUGUGUUACCACACGCUGUCUUGGUUCCUAGCGUCGUUCACGGAAAUGACGGUGACGUGUGCAGGCGUCACACUCGUGUUCUGGUUGGGCGGCGUACUACCUAACACUCCACCGCUGCUGAUAUUCACACUUCUCAUUAUAUUCGGCAUCUCAGUGAUAUGCUUUUGCUAUCUGAUGUCGAAGUUGUACACGUCGGCGAGUUUCGCGGCAGUGAGCACGGCUAUUGCGUACCUCAUCACGUUCAUGCCGAUUGUGAUGGUUCUUUCGCUCGAGUCCGUGCUGUCCAGAUCAUACAAAAUGUUAAUUUGCCUGUCAAUGUCGUCUGCUGUAUCAUACGCUUUCGUGUACAUAGCCCGUUAUGAAGCUAUGGGCAUGGGUGCUAACUGGUCUGACCUAUGGAGCUCCCCUGUCGAGGAGGGGCUUGAUAUGAAUAUAGGAACGGCAGCCGCUAUGAUGAUCGUGGAUUCAAUCAUAUACGUUAUCAUAGGUUGGCUUAUUGAUAGGUUUUUUGGGCCCAAAACUCUGCGAAGCAACAUAACAAACUGUGUAACCUCUGGUGAGAAGGCUGGCGUGAGUAUUGUGAAUAUUACAAAGAUAUAUGGGGAGAGGUCCCGACGACCCAAAGUAGCAUUGGACAAUGUCUCUAUAGAGCUACAGAAAGGACAGAUCACGACGCUGUUAGGACACAACGGAGCUGGGAAGACCACUCUCACGAAAAUCUUAAUGGGAAUGCUGAAGCCCACCAAGGGGCAUAUAAUCAUACGAUCAGAGCAUGAAACUGGUACUACACUGGGAAUAUGCCCCCAAAAUGAUAUACUAUUCGAGUAUAUGAACGCUAGAGAGCAUAUAGCUCUGUAUGCUCAGCUGAAGAGUGGAUUACCUUUGGAUCAAGUUCGAGAUGAGGUGGAAAAGUAAGUGAUAACGUAACUAUUAGACUUCUAGAGAACGGACAAGUUGUCUGCUGCCUGCUGCCUGCUGCCUGCUGCCUGGUGGCGGCGGCUGUGCGUGGCGCUGGCGUUCGUCGCCAGGCCGCGCCUCGUCGCGCUCGACGAGCCCACCGCGGGCGUGGACCCCGCCGCCAGGAGAGACAUCUGGUCGAUGAUCAUGAAGUUAAAGGAAGACAGAACAAUUCUACUUACCACUCACCACUUGGACGAAGCGGAACUUCUCAGCGACCAAGUCGUUAUCAUGCACAAGGGUCAAGUCCACACAACUGGGUCACCGAUUGAAAUCAAACGCACCCUCGGAACUGGAUACAAGUUGACCGUUACAUACCCUAACCAGCCUGCUUGGUCAGAUGCUAAGGAGUGGAAAGAUGAGCAAUUCUACAUCGAGGAGAAGACCAAAGAGCUCCUGACUGCGGUCAAAGAGGUGGUGACGAACGCGAGCCUGGUAGAUGUGAACGGUACUGAAGUAGAAAUUACUAUACCUUUCUAUGAUCCUCAUGGGCUGAACACCAACUUCCUGCAGCUUUGCACUGUACUGGAGAGCAAGCAAACAACGCUUGGUUACAAAACCUAUAGCAUGGAGUGCAGUACUCUGGAACAGGUUUUCUUCAAUAUUUGUCAACAAGUAGACACGCCACAGCAGGGAAUCGAAUAUGGAACAGGUUCAGAAGACACUCCGUCGAAAAGCGCCUCAAGUUCUAACAUCAAGAACGACUCGACUCCAUUGGUAGAUAGCAAGGGUCCCCUGAGAGGCACUCCCGGUCAGCAGUUCCUAGCGCUAAUUCAUGCCAGAUACUUACAUUACUCCAGGAACAGGUGGCUGCUUUUCCUGCUGGUGGUACUGCCGUCCUUGUUCAUGACAAUAGCGAUGGCUUUCUCCACCAUCCGGCCGCCGGCUGACAACGAGAUCGCAUUGCAAUUACGACCAGCUCUAUAUGAGAACACCACAGAUUUCUUAAUAGUUAAACCAUCUGUAUACGCAGAGAACAUGAAUCCAGCCUUCGCUGCCCAAGUUAUGGAGUUACUUGCACUCAACAAACACACCAGGAGUUGGAAGGAACAGGAUUCACCAACUUGCAAAUGUACGGACACGAGGCAGGAGUGUGACCGUACCAACAGUACGACAUAUAAGUCUAGACCGGAAAUGAUGCUGUUACCUGACGUGGACAAACUCAACCAUUGGCUAGUGAGCUCGCAAGAGAACUACAUCGAGAAGAGAUACGGCGGCUACUCAUCCGCUGUGAAGAACAACAUCUCCAAUCUGGUGGUGUGGUACAACAACAAAGGUCACCACGCGCUACCGUCCUACCUGAACGGACUGAACACGGCGAUACUGCGGACAGUGGCUGAUGAUACUGCCAAUAUCACCACCUACUCGCACCCCCUCAAGAUAUCUAAGGAGCAAAUCAGCAAGGAUACUGUGUACCAGCACGUGGCGGACGCGGGGAUAUCAGCGCUGGUGCUGGUGGCGUUCAGCCUGGUGAGCGCGGGCGGGGCCGAGUACCUGGUGGCCGCUCGCUGCUCGCAGCAGAAGCGGCUGCAGCUGCUCUCAGGCGUCAGCCCAGCCGUAUACUGGGCCGCCGCGCUCGCAUGGGACAUGCUGAUAAUUAUAAUCAACAUGUUGAUCUCCGUAGUCUUGAUGGAGGCGUUCCACUUCCCCGUGUUUGUUGCUCGUGACAAUCUGCCGGCCAUUUGUCUACUUCUAUUACUAUACGGGUACGCGUGCAGCUCGCUGGUGCACCUCGCGGAGAAGUUGUUCACGGAGCCGAGCCUGGCCAACAUGAUGCUGUUCUGCGGGAACACGUUCAUGGGACUCGUCGGUAUCGCGAUACUGCUCAUCAUGGAUGUCAUCUCCGAAUCUGAUGAGACAGACAACGCUCGCUGGGUGCUGCACAAGGUGUUCAUGGUGUCGCCACAGUUCGCUCUAGGUGACGGUCUGCUCGAGAUUGCUAAAAACACCAUUCAAGCACAGGUGCUGGAUCGUUUUGGUAUGGAUACGUACCGGUCUCCAUUCGGUAGCGACCUCGUCGUAUUCCACUACACAUACCUGGUCAUUGUGGGCACAGCGCUCCUAUUACUCAACCUGGCUAUAGAGUAUGACUAUGUUGAUAAUAUACUCACAGCCGUCAAGAACAGAUGGUGGUGGUGCAGCCGAGGAGAUGAUGAGGAGACAGUGGACCAGCAGCUCGAGGCGGCCGACGUGUGCGCAGAGAGACGCCGUGUGCACGCAACGUUACCACUCGCCUCGCCGCCACUUACCAUCCGGACCAUCGGGAACAUUAACGCUGGGUUCGUCGAUUCAGAAGACGAUCCAAAGAAGAAGUCCUACAAACGGAUUUCGUCAGCUGGCGACGUGGCAGCCUGUGUGGAACUCAGCAAGUCGUACCCCACGCUCGGCGGGAACAGGCGGGCCGUGCACCGACUCACGCUAGCCAUACCGGCCGGACAGUGUACAGCGCUGCUGGGACAAAAUGGUGCUGGUAAAUCUACCACCUUCGCGAUGCUGACCGGACAGCUGCAGCCUACCUCCGGCCGGGUCUACCUGCAGCAACGGCCAGCCACCAGGCGAGACCUCUGCCAGGGACUCAUCAGUUACUGUCCUCAGAGUGAUGCAAUCGAUCCGUUGCUAACAGUGGAAGAGACGCUAGCGUUCUACUGUAGGUUACGAGGCAUUACUGAAAUAGACGAGGUGUGCGGGCGCGCGGCGUGUCGGCUGUCGCUGGCGCCGCACGCUGGCACGCGCGGCGCGGCGCUCAGCGGCGGCAACAAGCGCAAGCUGUGCGCCGCGCUCGCACUCGCCGCACGGGCGCCUCUAGUGCUGCUCGACGAGCCCACCAGCGGUAUGGACCCGGCAUCACGCGGGCGCGUGUGGCGUGCGGUGGCCGCGGGGGGAGGCGCGGAGGGAGCGGGGGGAGCACGAGGCGUCGUGCUCAGCACGCACGCACUCGACGACGCCCGGCGGCUGGCGACGCGCGUCGCACUAAUGCGUAGUGGCCGCCUCGUCGCGCUCGACACGCUGAACAGCUGUCUGCAAAGGUUCGGCGGCGGAUACAUAGUGCGGUGUGUGUGCGGCGGCGGCGGGGGUGGCGCCGGGGGCAAGGGAGGGGAGCAUGCGCGGGACGUGUGGCGGCGGGUGCGGGCCACGGCGCCGCACGCCGCGCUGCGCCUGCUGCACCGCGCCGCGCUGCACUUCCUGGUGCCGGCGCGCGCCGCAGUUGAUAAAAAAGAAAUAGUUACGCAACUGAGCGACAUCUUCCGGCUGAUGGCGGAACUGCAGGGCAGCUGCGACAUAGAAGACUACACCAUCAACCAGAGCUCUCUAGAUCAGAUGUUCCUAAGCUUCACAGACAAGGCUGAUAUAGACAUGGAGACGGUGGACCUGGAGCCACUCCCCACACACCAAGAUCUGCGUCAAACCAGCGAGGACUUGGACACUGUCACCUCGCUUUGACACUACUUAUUUAUCAUUCGCUUUACACGUACUGUUAUAUGGAUUUACUUGAUGGGUUUUUAAAAAAAAACUUAUCUUAUUUAAGCACUCGAGGGUGAAGGCAUCCGUUUAUGUCCGAGAGUGAAUAUAGACUAGCUUGGUUUUUAUGUUAACCAACUUGCAAAUUCAAAUCAAAAGUCGUUUAUUCAUGUAGGACAUUUCAGCCGCUUAUGAACUUAAUUUUUUUUACAUUAUAAU